CUGCUUUAUCAGCUGCUGGUGUGAAAGAGGUUGAUGAAAACUGGAUUCCUUGACAUUCAGGAACCUCUAAUUGUCCUCAACCGAGAAGUGGUGUACUUUGUACAUAUUAAAAUGUUUGGCCAAAUGUCUUUUGCGGCUGUCCCUUUGUUUACAUUACUAAGAGGACUUCUGUGUGUGCUGUUAUUCUUUCUCUUGUAAAUGAAAUAAAUUCUAGAUGAGUGAGCAAGAAAACCAGGGGGAGCUGUGGGUGGAAAAAGAAAGAGAUGAGUUUGUUUGCUGAUACCUGGAUCUACUUGAGAAAUGUAAUAUUCAUAGAAUGGUCAGCGAAAGUUGUUUGAUUUCCCUUUGUAAUAUUUGUUUCUGGCAUACUAUAUUCUUCACUAUUAUUAUUAUUGAAAAAAUAUUCAUCAUUAAUUCAUAGGUUACUGCCCCUGCCCCCAUAACAGUAUUUUUUGUUCUCUUGGUGUGAUUGACCCUAGCAUUUAUAGUUAUAUAUACUAUGAUGAGUCGAUCACUCAGUUCUUAUAUUCUCGGACAAAGCUUUGCAACUUUCACUAACAGAUAAAAAUAAUGGUAUUGGUAUCCCUAUCCCAUUUGUAAGGAAUUUAUACUUUGUAUCAGAUUCAUUUAUCCCCAAAGCUUUUUACUUUUGAUUAGGAAUAGGGGAAUCCCAAAAGAAAAAGCUUUUUAUUCCAGUAGAUGAUUGCCAAGCUGGAAUACAUUGCUCUAAAAUUAAGUAGAUAAUUAAAAGUCAGCAUGUAAAAUUUGCAAGAUUUUUUGUCAAUAUAAUAUGCAGUUUUUAUGGCGUUUUAGUAGGGAUAUGUGUCUCUGAUGGUAUUACACAUAUCCCUACUAAAACACUUUCUUUUGUGUGUGUGGACAACCAAAGGUUCUACUGAAACACUUGUUUUUUAACAUUCAUGGGGUUCGAAAAUCAAUAGUCAUUUAUCAGGUUGUGUUUAUUUGACUAGAACCUUUGUAAUUUAAAAGCUUGAUACUCGUGAGUACCACUUUAUGAGAGCAACCCGACGUGUACAUUACGCUAUCUUGACUAAACCAGCUUCUGAUAAAGAGAUACACUAAGCUGAUAAGACAAAACCAAGUAAUUUUAUACUGAAAAAGCCACAUGUUUUCUAUUUAUCAGAAACUAAUCCAUUCUUAAACAUGUAUAAUAUGUAAUAAUACAAUUCAAUGGUUGAAUUGUAUAUAUAUACAAGCAACAGAGAAUGUGUCCUAUGAAAUUAUUAUUUAUUAAUAUUAUUAUUUGGCAUGCACAUGCAGUCCUAACUGCUGAGUUCUGAGAUAUAUUUGGUUGCUUCAAGUGUCAGUCACAAUUUCCUUGCAAGGUGAGUUUCUCUUUCUGCAUUCUCCUUGUCCUAAAUUCAGCUGAUGCUUGCUUCUUCUGCUUAGGUUGGUUCAUAUCAUCCCUUAUACUCAUGAGUUUUGUUUCUUUUAAAAAGUUUCUGAUGUAUAUACUAUGUACUCCUUUAGGAAAGUAAAUUCUUCUUUUCUAUACACAAAACCGUUCUUGAAAUUAAGGUGGGAAAAAUCAAAUAAAACAACAACUAAGUUCUGUGCUGAAACAUGAAUGGUUCAAUGCAUACCGCAUGCAACAACAGAGAACUGCAGCAUAUUGAACUACUCAUAAGGAGUGUAUUGUUAGCAUUCUUCUUUUUCUUGUUAUUAUUAUUUUAACUUAAGGAGGAUAUAGUAGUUUACUAGGAUGUAAUUGGAUCGUUAAUUAUCAUUAUUUACUGAAGCAUUUCAAAACUUGUCACCUUGAAAUGAAAAGUGUUGGAAAAAACUCUGUUGUUUCUUUUUUUAUUUAUUUGUUACAGUGAUGCAGAGUGAUAUCAUUCAUUUAGUCUUUAGGGCUUGUUUGUACUAGCUUAUUUGAGCUUAUCUACUGGCACAAACAUUUGUGAGACUGGGAGAAUUGGUGGAAACAACUUAAGACAUGUCGAUAAGCAAUUUUCAUAAGCUCUUCAAGAUAGCUUAAGAAAAUAGCCUAUUGCUUAUAUGAAAACAGUUUAACUUUAUUUUAUCAUUUACAUGAUACACGUUUAUGCUAUAAGCACUUAAUUAAGAUGUUUAUCCAAAAAGAGUAGCUUGAAGAUUCUCUUCUUCACUGUAUGACUUUUCAUAUUUCUAUGAUUCUUCGAUGUGCAGUUCAGGUGAUAAUGUCCUCGUCAAGACCUAGCCAAUCAGUCAGCAAUAAUUCAGGUAGAUUAAGACACAGUGCUGGGACUAUUCCUCAGACCACUGCAGAUGCAAAACUCCAUGCAACUUUUGAGGAGUCUGGUAGUUCCUUUGACUACUCCAAUUCAAUGCGAUUUUCUCAUGGUACAAACACAGCUACUGCAGACCACCAACCAAGUUCUGACAGAGUAACAACAGCUUACCUCCAUCAGAUACAGAAAGAGAAGCUGAUUCAGUCUUUUGGUUGUUUGCUAGCAUUAGAUCCGAAAACAUGUAAGGUCAUUGCAUACAGUGAGAAUGCACCUGAAAUGCUGGGUAUGGCAGGUGUUGAUGGCCACCCUUCCCUUGGCAUUGACACUGACAUAAGAUCUAUUUUCACUGACCCAAGUGCUUCUUCAUUUCGGAAGGCACUAGGAUGUGUGGAUGUUUCAUUUCUUAAUCCCAUACUAGUCCAUUGCAAGACCUCAAGGAAGUCCUUCUACGCAAUUAUCCAUUGUGUGAAUGGUAGUUUGAUCGUUGAUUUUGAGCCAAUCGGGCCUCAUGAAGUUACCAUGACUGCAGCAGGUGCCUUGCAAUCUUACAAGCUUGCAGCAAAAUCGAUAACUCGGCUUCAAUCUUUGCCUAGUGGAAGCAUGGAAGCACUAUGUGAUGCAAUGGUUCAAGAAGUUUUUGAACUCACAGGUUAUGAUAGAGUGAUGGCUUAUAAAUUUCAUGAAGAUGAUCACGGAGAAGUGGUUGCUGAGGUCACAAAGCCAGGCCUAGAGCCAUAUCUUGGUUUGCACUAUCCAGCCACUGAUAUUCCUCAGGCUACACGCUUUUCGUUCAUGAGGAACAAGGUCCGAAUGAUAGUUGAUUGUCGCGCAAGGCAUGUGAAGGUGCUUCAAGAAAAAAAUAAUCUAUUUGAUUUAAAUUUGUGUACAUCAACCUUAAGGGCUCCUCACAGUUGCCAUUUGCAAUACAUGGAGAACAUGAAUACUAGUGCUUCCUUGGUUAUGGCAGUUGUAAUCAAUGACAGCAAUGAAGAUGAGGAUGGCUCUGAUGAUGUUCAUCCUCAGAAGAGAAAGAGACUAUGGGGUUUAAUUGUUUCCCAUCACAUUACUCCCAGGUUUGUUCCCUUCCCUAUUAGGUAUGCUUGUGAGUUUAUAGCUCAAGUAUUUGCCAUCCACGUGAACAAAGAGAUAGAGUUGGAAUAUCAGAUUAUUGAGAAGAACAUUCUACGCACUCAAACACUCUUGUGUGAUUUGCUGAUGCGUGAUGCGCCCAUAGGUAUUGUGUCAAAGAGUCCUAAUAUAAUGGACCUUGUGAAAUGUGAUGGAGCAGCCCUCUUGUAUAAGAACAAGGUAUGGAGAUUAGGCGUGACACCAAGUGAAUCACAGAUACGCGAUAUUGCUUUAUGGAUCUCUGAGUGCCAUAUGGAUUCGACCGGUUUGAGUACAGAUAGCUUGUCUGAUGCAGGGUUUCCAGGGGCUGCUAAACUUGGUGAUACUGUUUGUGGAGUGGCAGCUGUAAGAAUAGUUUCCAAAGAUAUAGUUUUCUGGUUUCGGUCACACACUGCUGUUGAUAUCCGAUGGGGUGGUGCAAAGGAUGAACCUAGUGAAAGAGGUGAUGGUAGGAGGAUGCAUCCAAGAGCAUCAUUUGAGACUUUCCUUGAAGUUGUGAAGACAAGGAGUUUACCAUGGAAGGACUAUGAAAUGGAUGCUAUUCAUUCAUUACAGCUAAUACUGAGAAAUGCAUUCAAAAAUACAGACUGUAUGGAUAUAAGCACAAAUGCUAUCAAUACAAGACUAAGUGAUUUGAAUAUUGAGGGGAUGCAAGAACUGGAGGCAGUGACAAGUGAGAUGGUUAGGUUAGUUGAAACAGCAACUGUGCCAAUUUUGGCAGUUGAUGUAGAUGGUGUUGUCAAUGGAUGGAAUAAAAAGAUUUCUGAAUUGACAGGUCUUCCAGUUGAGGAGGCUAUUGGGAAGCAUUUACUUGCGCUUGUUGAGGACUUUUCAAUAGACAGAGUCAAGAAGAUGUUGGACAUGGCAUUGCAGGGUGAAGAAGAGAAGAAUGUCCAAUUUGAGCUCAAAACAUAUAAUUUGAAGAUUGAUUCUGAUCCUAUAUGCUUGGUAGUUAAUGCUUGUACAAGCAGAGAUGUUCAUGAUAAUGUGGUGGGGGUUUGUUUUAUGGCUCAGGAUAUAACUGGUCAGAAGGCAGUCAUGGACAAAUUCACUCGAAUUGAAGGUGAUUACAAGGCAAUUGUACAGAAUCCAAAUCCAUUGAUGCCACCAAUAUUUGGCACAGAUGAAUUUGGCUGGUGUUGUGAGUGGAAUUCAGCUAUGACAAAAUUAACCGGGUGGAAACGAGACGAAGUAAUGAAUAAAAUGCUUUUAGGGGAAGUUUUUGGCACCAAAACAGCUUCUUGUUGCCGUCUAAAGAAUCAUGAAGCCGCGGUUAAUUUUAGCAUUGUACUUCAUAAAACCAUGACAGGUUUGGAAAAUGAGAAGGUUGCUUUCGGUUUCUUUACUCGAAAUGGAAUGUAUGUAGAAUGCAUACUUUCCGUGAGUUCAAAAUUGGACAUAGAAGGUGUAGUUACUGGCGGUGUCUUCUGCUUCUUGCAGCUAGCUAGUCCAGAGCUGCAACAAGCAUUACAUAUUCAGCACAUCUCUGAACAAAAUGCCUCAAAGAGACUAAAAGCUUUAACUUAUAUGAAAAGGCAAAUCCGAAAUCCGUUACGUGGGAUUGUGUUCUCAAGGAAAUUGUUAGAGGAUACUGAGCUGGGAACUGAUCAAAAACAAAUUUUGCAUACUGGUACUCGGUGCGAACGCCAGCUUAGCAAAGUUCUAGAUGACUCAGAUCUUGACAGUAUAAUUGAUGGCUACUUAGAUUUGGAAAUGGUUAAAUUCACUCUGCAUGAAGUUUUGGGUGCAUCCCUAAGUCAAGUCAUGGCAAGGAGUAAAAAUGCAAAGGGUAUCCAAGUAGUCUAUGAUGUUGCUGAGCAGAUUAUGGCAGAAACCUUAUAUGGUGAUAGUCUUAGGCUUCAGCAGGUCUUAGCUGACUUUUUAUUGAUUUCCUUGAAUUUUACCCCAACUGGAGGUCAGGUUGUUGUAGCUGCAUUUUUGACCAAACAUCAAUUGGGGAAAUUAGUCCAUCUAGCUAAUUUGGAGCUCAGAAUAACACAUGAUGGUUUAGGGGUACCAGAAGCGUUGCUGAACCAGAUGUUUGGAGUUGAUAGACAAGAAUCCGAGGAGGGUAUUAGCCUGCUCAUCAGCAGAAAGCUACUAAAGCUUAUGAAUGGAGACGUGCUUUAUGUUAGGGAAGAAGGAAAAUCAUCUUUCAUCAUAUCUCUUGAACUUGCCUUGGCCCAAUAAUGAGAGGGCUUAAACUCCAAUAAUUUGGUAUAAAAGUAAAAAGUCAGAUAUUGGAUUUGCAGAUUGCAGGUUCGAUCUCCGCUAGUAUCAUUAGAGAGAGGCAAAUGUAAAUCUUUGUAAAUGUUUAGUGAAUCCAAAUGUCUUCUUUACCUUGCACUAUCUCUUCCCUCUAAAUUUAUCUCAUAAAAAAAUAAAUAAUGAGGGUUUAAUAUUUUGGAAAUAAAAUUAUACUCUAUGGUCUAGACUUUUUGGAUUUGGAUCGUCUGCAAGUAAGCUAGCACACAUUCACGAAGUCUCUAAAUUAUGAAUCAUUAAGUGUAUCAAUUUGAGAACUUUGAUUAUUUGCUGUAAAAAGAAACAUAAUAAUUAAGAACAUGAUUAAUGACAUCAUUUUAUUUUCGACCUU